AACCCGGAAGUAAUCGCUUAGGUCCAUGUGUAGAGAAGAAACCGGAGUUUGGAGGAGGAGGAGAGCGUGGAUUUUAGGGCUCGUGGACAGGCUGGUUCCCCAUCCCAAAACAAAACCGCUGUGACCUUGAGGACUACUUUGAGGUGCAGUACCAGAAGCUGACCUCACCAUCUCGCUCGCUAGCUGUGCUUCAUGGAAUCUACGUUCAGCAGUCCCGCGGAGGCAGCCUUGCAGCGGGAAGCGGGCGUUCCAGGACAGCUCACCCCUCCCGAAGACCUCCACCGAGUGUACGAGCUGGAGAGAGUCACUGGAUUUAUCUGCGACUUGGGGUGUCAACGGGUGGCCUUGCAGUUCCCUGACCAGCUACUGGGAGAUGCAGGGGCCAUUGCUACACGGCUGGAGGAGACCACCGGAGCUAAGAUGUUCAUUUUAGGGGACACAGCCUAUGGCAGCUGCUGUGUGGAUGUGCUCAGUGCUGAGCAAGCUGAAGCUCAGGUCCUUGUACACUUUGGCCCUGCCUGCUUAAGCCCCCCAGCCCGCCCUCUGCCCACCAUUUUUGUCCUUGGUCAGCAUUCUGUGAACUUAGAGCUCUGUGCCAAGGCCUUUGAAGCCCAGAACCCGGACCCCACAGCACCUGUGGUGCUGCUGAGUGAGCCAGCCUAUGCCCACGCCCUAGAGGCUUUGGCCACUCUCCUUCGCCCGAAGUACCAGGAUCUGCUCAUCUCUAGCCCAGCUGUGCCCCUCCCAGUAGAGUCCCCAAGUUCACAGCCUGAGCCCCUAGAGCGUUUUGGCCGCCGCUUCCCCCUGAAUCCAGGGAGGUGUCUGGAAGAAUAUGGUGCCUUCUAUGUGGGGGAUUCUCAAACCAGCCCUGACUCCAGCCUUGACCCAGAUCUGACCAGGCUGCUCUUGGGGUGGACACCAGGGCGGCCCUUCUUUUCCUGUUGUCCAGACACAGGACAGACACAAGACCAGGGUGCCCGGGCUGGGCGUCUAAGAGCACGAAGACUGUAUCUGGUAGAGAGGGCCAGAGAUGCCCAUGUGGUAGGGCUACUGGCUGGCACAUUAGGUGUAGCCCGACACUGUGAAGCACUGGCACACUUACGGAAACUGACUCAGGCUGCUGGAAAACGUAGCUAUGUGUUGGCUCUGGGGCGGCCCACCCCUGCCAAGCUUGCCAACUUUCCUGAGAUGGAUGUCUUUGUGCUGUUGGCCUGUCCUCUCGGAGCCCUAGCUCCUGAGCCUUCAGGUGGCUUCUUCCGGCCUAUAUUGACACCAUGUGAAUUGGAGGCUGCCUGCAACCCUGCCUGGCCACCUCCAGGCCUGGCUCCUCACCUCACACAUUAUGCAGAGUUAUUGCCUGGCUCUCCUUUCCAUGUGCCACUCCCAUCGCCUGAGUCAGAGUUGUGGGACACCCCAGAUGUGUCACUCAUUUCUGGGGAUCUCCGACCUCCACCUUCCUGGAAGACAUCAAAUGACCCUGGAUGCUCUGCCCUAACCCCAAGGCCACAGAUGGAGCUGGCUGAGAGCAGUCCUGCAGCCUCAUUCCUUAGUUCCCGGAGCUGGCAGGGACUGGAGCCCCACUUGGGUCAGACACCAGUGUCAGAAGCUGUGAGUGGAAGACGAGGGAUUGCCAUCGCCUAUGAGGACGAGGGAAGCAGUUGAUACCAUGUGAAGCCAGAGAGACAGAGCAAUUAGUCUGCUGGGAUUUGUAGUGCUCCCUUUAUCAACUUCUCAUCAGCAUGCAAUGAUCCUUAAAGGAGCCUGGACAGAGAGAAUUCAGAUAGCCCCUCAUUGAGGAUAGGAUCCAUGUCUAUCCUGUCCUGGCACUGGCUUAGUACUUAUCAGUUCAGUAAAUGCUGUUUGACUAGUAGGGGGAAAGGCUCUUGGGCUUUCCUGAGGCCUUCUGGGUCCCUGGGAGCAGGCUGGGACCUGUGGCCAAUUGCAGUUCCUGGUACAGGUCUGGCCUUGUUCAAGGGCAGGAGUUAGAUGAUCCAGACCAGGGUGCCUCAACCUCAGCACUGGUGACAUUUUAGGCUGGGUAAUUUUUUAUUGUACAGGCUGUUCUGUGUAUGGUAUGAUGUUUAGCAGCAGCCACAACCUCUGCCCACUGGGCAGAAGCAUCUGUCUCCAUCUAUGAUAACCCAAAUUGUCUCCAGAUGUUGGCAGCUGUCACAUAACUGCUUGUAAUUGACAACCACUGAUCUAGACCUGCACUGUCCAGGACAGUAUUCAGUAGACACAUGUGGCUAUUGAAGUUUAAAGUAGAUGAAAAGCUUAGUUUCCUAGUCACACUAAUCACACACAUUUUAAGCACUCACAUAGCUGCAUGUGGGAACUGUGCAAUUAGAUGACUUUUCCAUCACAGAGGCGCACUGGACAGUGUUAGGCUACCAUGACUCAGACUUGCUCCUCAGGGACACCAAAGAGACUGAAAUAAACCAAAUAUUUUUUUCUCA